AUGGCCCCUCAAAUCCUCCACCGCGUAAUCCACGGCAGCCCAACGCCCGAACCAUGGCAAAAGGACCUAUUGACAUUCAAGCCUGCCGUGCUACACGGAUAUCGACGACAUCGGGUCCGCGGGGCCGAUUAUCCGGGUAUUGUUAGAGUACCGGUAUCAGAUUCAAGAUUGGACUCGACGGCGGACUCUACGACUGCAGGGACAGAGACACAGACACAAACACAGACACAGACACAGACACAGACACAGACACAGACACAGACAGGAUCAGAAGCAGGAUCCGUCCUCGGCACCGUCGUCUCCGGCCUCACAGACGGCGACGUCCACCGACUCAACAUCUUCGAAGGAUCAGACUACGUGAAAGAGACGGUAAACGUGCGAAUCCUGCGAGAGGCAUUGAGCGUGGACGGUGGGCAUGACGGACACGACGACGGCGACGGCGACGGCGGCCAACACCUGCGGGACGUGCUGGAUGCAGCGGGGGCGGAGUUUGCGGACGAGGGCGAGGAGGUGCGAGCGGCUACUUAUGUGUGGAUUGGAGGGGAGGGGAAACUGGAGGAGGCGGAGUGGGAUUUUGAGGCGUUUAAGAGGGAUAAGAUGGCGUGGUGGGUGGGGGCGGAUGAGAGUGAGUGGUAG